AUGAAGCACAUUGGUGGCACUUCAAAGUCUAGUUCGUGCACUCCAGCCUCCUGUGAAAGAGCUACCACAAAUGCACCAGAAAUGAGUGAGCAGGCAGUGACCUAUGUAGACCUGAAAUUUCAAACUCCUUCCAAGCAGAAGAAGAAAAAGACACCUAAGAACACCAGGGACAAAGAUUCUUCUGCUCCAGCUUCUGCAUGGGUGGUCAUAGCAGGGAUUUUGGGGAUUUUCUGCUUGGCUUUGCUGAUAGCAGUGGGUGUCUUGGCUGCCAAUGUUUUUCAGAUCUCCCAAAUACCAUGUAAACAGCAGGAAAACCUGAACCAGUUUCAGGAAAUUAUCCCAGGUAAGAAUGGAAACCUGCCAAAGGUUUUGAACAGGAAGGAUUGCCUUCAAAAGGGAUGGAAGUCUCUUUGCCCAGAACAUUGGUUUCAACAUGGAAAGAAAUGCUACCUCUUUUCUACUGAAUACAAACCAUGGCUGGAGAGUCUAAAGGCCUGCUCUUCUCAUGGCUCCACACUCCUUCAGAUAGAAAGCAAACAAGAGCUGGAUUUCAUAAAUCCCCUGGCAACUUCUCACUGGAUAGGAUUAUUACGUGACAAGACUGACAGACUCUGGGUGUGGGGGAAUGGCACAGCUUUCUCCACUGACCAGUUUGCAGUAAAUAAAGGAUAUGUUGAUGGUGACUGUGCAGUCGUCAGAGGCAGAGAACUCUUCUCUGAUGACUGCAAAGAUACAAAGCGCUACAUUUGUCAGCUGCCAGUUCUUGUGCCACAGUCUGAUGUAUCUGGAGAAGAUAGAUCAUGGAAAUCAUAA